UGAUGAAGCAAAUAUCUAGAGAGAGAAAAGAAGGAACGAAGCGAGUUUGUAAAGUGAUCUUGAGACAAACUAGGUUGUUCUAGCCUAGCCCAAUAUAGACGGGCGUCUGGAUCUAAUCUAAUCUUAUCGACCCCUCGAUCACACCCUAAAAAAAAUCAUAUUCCUCAUGUCACCAUAACCAAGAUCCUUUCCUCCACCAAGAAACCACCAUCUCACCCUCACAUACUCCGCCUUCCCUCAUCCUCAAUCUGCAACACUCAACCCUCCACAAAAAUGAAGGUCCUAACCCUCAACUUCCUAACCUGCGCCGUCAAAGCCUGCAAAACGACCUCGACGUCCUUCCCCCUCCACCCCAAAGACUGCGAACUCGUCUCCGACACCAUAGCACCGAACCCACAACUCCUAUUGAACGUCCUACCGCGAAUAGACUGGAAUGCCCUCAUAAUCACCGCUGGAGAACUAGGAUUCCCGACCCUCCCUCCAACUCCACCGACCCGCGAAGAACUAGAAUCGAACGAGAAGAUGAUGACAGAGCUGCAUACCUUGCUUCUGGAGACGCAAAUCAGUGAGGGAAGUCUGGUGUGUGGGAACUGUGGACAUGAGUAUAAGAUCAAGGAGGGGAUCGCGAAUUUCUUGCUGCCGAAUCAUUUGGUCUGAAAGGUCGGUGGGUGAAGGGAAAGCAUCCCCUUUGUGGGGAAGAGGAAUGGGAACAUGUUGAAGUAGCUGGGGCUCUUGCUUGGAGGUCGAAUUGCUGAGAGGUGGAGUUUAUGAUACCCUGGAUUAGGAAAAAUGGAUGUGGACGAGGACUUUGCUGUGGAUAUCACAGUUCGAUUUGCUGCACCUUGGAAAGAAGAUACACAAGUGUGAAAGGGCGCCGAGAUCCCUGUGCAGGCGGCUUCUAGGAUAGACCCCAAUCCAGCCGAAUAAUACAGUCACAUCAAGUCAUAG